GUUGGGGGAAGGUCAGCUAUAUUUGACUCUCCUCGCCCUGAGAAUGAAGAGAGUACAGCUCUUCUAUCAGUGUCCUAAAAUAGAAGGCCCUUUCCAUCUGUUGGCCUGAAGUCAGCCACAUGGAACACAAAUCAACCAGAGGGCACAGGGCUACAGAGAAAGAAAGACAAGGAAAGAUAAAAUUCUUCAGACAGAGGCUUCAUUGUCCAGACAGCAUUAACCAUCAACUAGCUUAAUUUCUUUUUUUUCUGUCCUUUAUUUGGAUGGAUUGAUUUUUAAAAACAAUUUUAAGCCUGAUUCAUAGUCAUCUGGAAAAAAAUCAAUAAUGAAACUGAAUGUGGGAAUAUUUUUUGGAGGCUUCUUUGGGGCUCUGGGAAUUUUGCUCUUUUUGGUGGCCUUUGGAACAGAUUACUGGCUUCUUGCUACAGAAGGUGGAAAGUGUACAAGAGGUCCAGAUGACAUUGGGGAGGAAAAGAUGACUUUCCACCAUGAAGGUUUCUUCUGGAGGUGCUGGUUUAGUGGAGAUGUAGGGGAGAACACUACUAACAUUUGGAAAUUCUGGUACACCAACCAGCCACCUUCUAAAAAUUGCACACAUGCUUACCUCUCACCAUUUCCUCGUAUCCGAGAUGAAUACAACUCAACCUCCUAUGACUCUGCAAUCAUUUAUCGUGGUUUCUGGACUAUUCUCAUGCUCUUGGGAGUGGUCACUGUUCUGAUGGCUGGUUUCUUCAUCAUCUGUGCAGCCCCCUAUGCCAGCCACAUUCUGUACAAGACAGGAGGAGGCUUUUUCAUCACUGCUGGCAUCAUAUUUUCAUUGGUGGUCGUGAUGUAUGUCAUCUGGGUCCAGGCAAUGGCUGAUUUGGAAAACUACGAGAACAUGAAGAAAAAGGAUUGUCCAGAUUUUACUGUUCAUGUGCGCUAUGGCUGGUCUUUCAUACUGGCUCCUAUAGGAAUAUUUUUUGCUUUGUUUGCCGGAAUGCUCUUCUUAUUAGUAGGUCGUACUAUUUAUUUGCACUCCGACUAAUCAGCCAUCUGGUAAUGGGCAUGCUGGAAGCUGAGUGAAACUUUUUAACUGGAUCACAAUUUUUAUACGUUAUUCCUGCUACCAUAAUCUAAAGUUGUAGGUGUACUGGUAGAAUUGCUUCAGUUACUUGUUUAAUUGGUAUGUUCCUAUGAUAAAGGACACAAUACCCACUAAAAGAAAAAAAUCCAGUUUCUUUGAUUCUUCAGGAAUUACAUGACAUGUUUUUCUACAUAACAUUAUUUGCAGUAUUAGAUCUGCCUGCAAACAUGAGAGGGCAAAAAAGCAACAUAAAAUGGGUCAAAUCAAGAUUUUAUACGUUUGCCUUUUGGCAAUUAUUUUGCGUGGCUGUCAAAAAAGUCCUUGUGGAGAAUGGUAAAAGACAGAGAGGAAAACAAAUGCUUAGCCGAGUAAUUUAAUACACUGCCUGUCCCUUUCUCCACUACUCUCUUAAGCUUUAAUAUGAACAAACAUUUCUGCACUUAAAAAUAGAGUGCAGUUGUUCUUGCAGUGUUUCUCUGAUAUGGGUAGUACAGAUGACCCCAGUGAAUAAUGACUUGGUGCUAGUAUGUACAGGCAGUGGCUAAACUGCUAACAUUAUCUGUUUUACUUCUGUAAAUGUUUGAAAGUGUGCUCUUCUAUUCUUCUGUAUUUUGUUGCAUGAUUCUCUAAGCCAAAUCAAUGCCCUUGAACAUACUUAAAGUAUGCCAAAAUUAUAGCAUAAAAUAUAUGGUGCAUAUUUUUAAUCAAGUUUUUACUUAGACAUUUUAGAUGUGUUUAAUAAUUGGCUCCUCUAGUACCUGCAAUGUUAUCUAGAACUAAACUUAAAUAGAGAAAAAUUGUUGUAUAUUGACUUUUUUAUUAAAAAUGUUUAUAACAAU